AGAAGCAAGGUCAGUCACAAAAAUCGACUAGAAUUCGAUGCAUGUACUUCCACUAUAGUUCAUCUAAGUCAAACAUAUUGAUAAUUAUGAAGUUAAUGUGGACAUCCGUGUUCAUUUUCACAUUUUUCAAAUUCGUAAGACUGGAACUAUCUCCAGAUUUUGCAAAUUGUCGAAAAGAUUUUUUCUACCAAGAAACUGCUCCAAUUUUGCCAGAACUGAAGAGUACAACUCAAAUCUGUCAAAAACUUGGAAACAAAUCUUAUUUCGCUACUGAAUAUGAUACUGAAAAAAGGAUUCCACUUUACAGUGCAUACACGCUUUCGUUUGAAAAAUGCGGUAAACGUGAAAAUGAUUGGUUCUUUGAAGCUAAGCUAGCCGAUAUAGAUGAUCCAAAUAUGAUUGAAAUGGAUUACGAAAAUCACAACUAUUCACGUACAUCAAUAUAUGGGAGUAGACAAGCAGUAGAAGAGGACUUUAAACAAACCGAUUAUGACAAGGGACAUUUAAAUCCACAGAUGUUCCAUUGCGAAUCUUCUGACAGCAGAAAAGCCACAAAUACGAUGACCAAUAUCGCACCUCAAUACUUUUUAUUUAAUCAGAACAUAUGGAAUAUGUUUGAAACUGAUUUAUAUAACAUCUCCAAAGUGUAUUGUAGUUUUGAAGGAGCAAGACGCUUUUAUAUUACUGGUGUUAAACCAAGUUUUAGUGAUUAUAUAAGUGAUGGGAGAGUUAAUGUCCCUACUCAUUACUGGACAGCUGUAUGCUGUGACUCUUCUGGUGUCAAAGGUGCUAACCGUUCAGCAGGAUGGUCUAUGGCAUUUAAAGGUGAAAACGUCAAAAAUUCCACGAUAUAUAUAUACACUAUACAAAAUUUUUUUCCAACUGAUUUCUAUAAACUCUUUGCAGAUUAUACAGAUGAAAAUGGGAAUACAGUAAGCAAUUGUCUCUUCAACCCGACAAAAGCAGACACCAUCACCGAUGAGAUUGCGACUCGAACUGACAUUCAUUAUGUCAAAGUGAAGACAUCUGUAAACAAUAGUAAUGAAACAAAUGACAGUUUUGACGGACCAAAGAAUAGAAAUGAACUAUAACAAUUCUAAAGAUAACAUUUUAAUAACAAUUCAAACAAAAGGUUGAAAUAUUUAAGUUUUCACAUUUUUGUUUAAAUGAUUGUUUAGUUUCAGCUUUUAUUUGAUUCGUUAAACUCUAAAUACAAAUGUAUAAAAUAUGACAGGUACAUUAGUCGAGGAUUUUGUAGACAAAAUUCAUCAAAUGUUUUAAAUCUUAUGAAUUUGUUCAUAACAACUGUUUUUAUAAUAAUGUGGCAUGAUUUCUAAUUGAUCCAAAAAAAAGCAGUAAAAGAUACUCGUGAUAGGAUAGACAUUUUUUUUUUAAUUUGCUGUAGGUCUGCUCUGAAUAUUUUUUACAAAUCGUAUCAGGAGUGAAAAUAUUAUAUUCUAAGAGUAUAACACCAAUGUGUAAACUGGUGACAAGGGAACAAAAGAUGUAAAAACAGGAACAAAAUCCAUGGAUUCUUUACGUGGGAAACCAUACUGAAUAAAAAUUAUUUCAAAACCA